CAUAGGUGCACUGACAACAUCUUCAACCAUUGCCAACAUGUCUAAUAGCUACUCCAACACAGCAGUUCAAACACCUCUGUCUUCAGUGGUUUUCAGCACAAUGCCAUGCGAUGACGACGACGAUCCAAGCAUUCCUAGCGUGUCGACAAUCUGGCCAUGGCCUAGCAAUAGCACUCCUCCGGAAACUUCAUCGUCGCAACCUCCCCAAGCGCCGACAUAUACCUCAUCCAUCAGUACUUCCACCAAUCCUGGUAAUGUCACGAAGAUAGGAUGUGGCUCUUCAACAUCGAUCACCACAACCACACCAUCUGUUUCUAUCAGCCAAAGCACUAGUUCCACCAUCGCGAAUAACACGGUACAAGUAGGGCAGGCCCCGGCGCCGCAAACUGCGCCCGGAUUUGUAGGUGAACUUCCGACCAUUAGCAGCUCGACUAGUAGUAGCUCUUCCACUGCCGCAAAUAACACGGUACCGGCAUGGCAGCCCCCGCCGAAAACUGCGCCAGGGUUUGUAGGCGAACUUCCUACCAUUAGCAGCUUUUCCACCGCCCCUAUUACUUCUCUCACCACGCCAACUACGACCCCAACUACCACUAUAAAGGUCACCCCCAUCACGACUUAGUCUUUGAUGUGGUCUAAACUGUUCGACAAGUAUUAGGCUGGUAUCCAUACGUUAUUGAGUCUUUGGGGCUCGCUGUUGGGAAGGACUUCCGGUUUUGGGACACUUAGGAAAGUCGUAGGGAUAGUAGGGUUAAUUGCCGUCUAAUUUUAAUACAUAAUUAGGAGGGUCCGGUAUACCUCUUUAUAUCCUCCUGACUUAAUAAAUUCUUUCUAUCUUGUUAUGGACAACGCAAUGUGC